UUAUUCAUUUGAUAAAUAUUUUUGAGAAUACUAUUAUAAUAAGUUUAAUGAAAAAACAACUUUGAAGAAAUGAGAAGGAUAAUAUUUAAUAACAUUGUAAAAGAUAAUAUUAAUAACUUUUAUUCAUCUUUUAGUCUUCAUUUGGAUUCGUACAAAGUGUCCUAAAAUUUUCAUGGUGAAUAGAAAGUAUAUAAGGUAACAAACUCAACAUAUUAUAUCUACUGCUAUGAAUUGGUAUAUAACAGUAAUAAUAUUAUUUUGCUGAAAUUUUUUGACAUUUUACAUGUCACUAUAAUAUGUUCUUGAGCUGUAACAUUCUAAAUGUUUUUAUAAAAUACAUCGUAUUUUUUAAUUACGCCUAAAUCGAAGUCACAAGCUCUUAUAUAUUCCGCAAACAUAAUGAAUGGAUUUACAUUGGUAUAAAUUUAUAUCAGAUUGAAAAAGAAAUUCAUGCAAUUCCAUUUUUGAAUUCAUGAAAAUAUUGUACUAUAUUGACUUUGUUAUAAAAAUAAAAAAAAAAAUUUAUCUCGCCAUCUGUUACUAAAAUUAACUUUAACUCAUUCUUUCAGUUGGACUUACACGAUUUAAAGAAAAACGACUCAUACAUAUAUUUUAAUUGUAUUGUACAUAAAUUAAUAUGUAAAUUUUUUUCUUACUAUUUUAUAAGCCUUUUUUAAUAUAUAUAAAAUAUUAAUUUGCUUAUAUCCUUAUAAUAAAUAUUUAGUUUAUACAGAUUACUAAAUAACAUACAAUAUGAUCUAUCACUACAACUUAAUCUUUUUCGAAAUUUUCUUAUGUUAUUUAAUUACUUUUGUAAUAAUAAAUUCAUAGUAUUCAUUUCUAUUUAAUAUUUUAAUAUCCUAAAGUUACAUUUACAAAUAAAAAUACUUUGUAGCGAAUCAAAUUCGCCAUAGUUAUAACCUUAAUUGAAAAUCGAUCAUGUAAAAAUUAUUUAAUGAAAAACAGCCAACAAAUCAUAAUUCUGUACAAAUGAAGACGUUUUGUAAUUUGCUUCAUUUUAUUGUUCUCUUCGUAUAUGUAAAAUCCUGCUCAACAAACGUAUCUCGGCUAUUUUAUCAAAAGAUUAUUUUAUCUUAUUGAGAUAUUAAUUUUAAAAAAUGGAAGGAAAUACAUUCUAUAUAGAGACUACAUUUAUAAAAUAUGAAAAUCCACAAUUUUUGUGGCCUGUUCAACAAUUCCAUUCUAACACAAUUUUAAUGUCACCCGUGUUUCUAUUACCGUCUUGUACAUAUACAGUUACGAUGGAGCAUACUAGUCGUAGUCUAACUCUAGAAUUUGAUUUCGACGAGGAACAAUAUGGUGGAUAUUUAAGUGUUGUAUAUUCUAUGUUAGAUUGUUGUCAAAAGACACAAAUUAUUAAUGGGACCAAUAAAUCAAUCAUAUAUCAAAACGUGUCUUCAUUUUACAGCAAAUUUGAUCUGUCACUUAAAGUCACUCAUAUACUUCCUGUAACUAAACAAUUGCCCAAUUUCAAGAUAAAACAUAUACGAGAAAUAAUGAAACAUAUAAGUUCAUUACAUUUUAAUUCAGAAUUAAGCGAUUUAACAAUUUGUGUUGAAGAUUCAGUAUAUCCAGUGCACAAAUGUAUACUUGGAGCACAUAGUCCUGUAUUUGAAAAUAUAUUCACAUCUGGAAUGAAGGAACAAAAAGAAGGCAGAGUUUAUAUAACAGAUUUAACAAAAGGAACAUGUACCUCUAUGAUGUCUUAUAUAUAUACUAAUAGACUUGAAGAUUUAGAUAAUAUUGCAAGCGAACUUAUUAUUAUAGCUGACAUGUAUAAUAUACUAGAUUUAGUAAAGUUAUGUAAAGAUGCUUUGAUCAAGCAAAUGAAUGAAGAGAAUGUAUUCGACACUCUUGUUAUUGCAGAUAAAUUACAUAUGCAUGAUCUAGAAUUACUUUGUCUUCAAUAUAUAUCACAAUACAAGACCAUUAUUCAUUCAAGUAAGGAAUAUGAAGAUAUAAAGAAAUAUCCAAAUAUAGUAGCAAAAAUUUUAGAUUACUUCAUGGGCUAAUAAUACUUUAUUGUUUUACAAAAAUCUUAGUGUAUAAAAUAGAUAUGAACAAAGUUAAAUAAAUUUUUUUUUAUUAUUUCAUAUUCUGGAAUUUUUAUUUUUCCAUACAAUCAAUAAGUUGUUCUUACUUACAUUUCUUCUAAUUGGUAUUAAAAAAUACUUUACUACAAAUUGUUAAAAAAAUAUAGAUAAUAACUUAUAUAUACAUAAUGUAAAAAAUUACACAACAAAAGUUCAGGAAUUGAUUCCUCAUAUAUAGAGAAGAAAAAUAGACUUUAUCAAUAUGCUUAAAUCCAAAAAUGCUUAAUUUCUGAGUUAAACUAACAACUAACAAUAUAUAUAAUAGUUUAGUACGACUCGUGAAUGUGAUAAUAAUAAUUAGACUUGGCUGACUAUAACUAACGAUAAGAUUUGAAAGACUUCGAAUCGCUUCGAAUCUAUAUCGUAAUCUUGAACCCUAUCUCAAGGAAGUAAAACUCUUGAAUAUUUUGAUCAUCAAUUCAUACUUUCCGAAGUUUUGAAAGUUUCGAUAGAUUUUGUCCGAGCUAUUGACAACAAAUAUUUAAAAAAUUUCGAAAAUUUGAAUUAACAAAAAUACAUUUAUUUAUGUUAUUAGUUUUUAUAGUUUCCAAUAUAUAUUACGAAUGUUGAUAUGUAGAAAAUAAGAUAAAAAUAUAAUUAUAUUAAAAUUAAUAUAGCAUUAUGUAUAAUAUAAUACAUAAAGUAUAAAGUAUAGUAAUUAUAUAUUCAAAGAUGAAUAAAUACUAGAACCAUUUUAGCAAUAUGCGACUGUUUUAUUUUUCACUUUAAGAUUUGUUUCAUUUUAAGAAAAAACUCCAAACUUUUCAAAUAGUCCUUAUAGUGAUAGUUUUAUUAAUUAUAUUCAAACUAUUAAAAUAAGUGGAUUAAAGAAUUUUAUAUAAAACCUUGUUAUUAAGGAAAUAAUAAAAAUUAGUAAUGAUGUAAGAUUUGAUAUAUUGUGCGCAGAAAGAGUCCAUUAUCGCUAGUGCAAUAUAUUCGAGAAAGUGACAGAAUAUUCGAGAUUUAUUAAGAUCCUCAUGAGUUGUAAGAUUAGAAUUAUGUUCGAAGUUACUAUACAAAUUCAAAGUGGUUUAAAGUAUUUCAAAUAUCAUUAAAUCCAUUGUUGGUUAAACAAUGAAACUGAUAAUAGAUUCGUGACUUAUCAAAACUUCAAAAUCUAUAUUAACUAAUUAAACUUCGAAUCGAUUCGAAGAAUUUGAAAUUCAUUUGUUUAAAUUUAAUGCGAUUCGAUCAUUAACUAUAACAGACUAAAUGAACAAAGAAGAUUCUCGUAAACUUCUAUUGGUUCGCGUAUUGGAAAUUCAAAUUCCCAAGAUGUAAAUGAGUUUUCUCAUUCGAAACCUGUAAUAGUACUUACGCCAUCUAGGCGUUGUCAUAACCGCCCGCCCUUUAGAAGUUGUCACAGCUUACAUCAUCCAAUCAAUUAAUUUGUCAUUCUAAUAAACGGUUACACGGUCUAUAAUAAAAAUAGAUCUCAUAAAAUACUUCAAAUUCCUUUGACUCGUUAUGGAUAUUAAAUUCAGAAGAAAUAUCAACUGAACUAAAGUUUAUUUGUAAUUGCUGUUUAACAUAUUUUGCAUUGUGUUAUUCAUAAGUUAGGUGAACGUUGAUAAAAGAAUGUUGGCUAGCAUUAAACAAAUUUUACAUGUGUAUAAUGUAAGUGCAAUAAAAAGACUAAAGAAUUAUGGAAA